GCGGCGAUACGUUGAUACCACGGACAAACAAUCAAAGAACUGGUGCACGAAAAAGUGAUGAUUAUUGAUUGCGACCGACACAAAGCCACGCGUCGCCUGUGGAUGACGUAUCCCGAUCGGCAAGGAAUUGGAGCCAUAUACUCUCAAAGAUACAAACGUCCUCCUCGAGCUCCCUAACAACCCCGUGGGAUAAAGCACCAAGCGAGUCCAUGGUUGAAUAACAGAGUGGGACUGAUGCGGUGACUGAUAAGCACAUACCAGAAAGUCUACAAGAAUGAAGGAUCAGAGUAGCAUGACGGGUGAAUUGAAGCUGUUGGAGGGGAUGUGCACGGAUCCCAGUAUCUGACACGCAACAUCUCCCUCUUCAGAGGAGUAUUUAUUUCACUGCAUUUCUCACUCUCUGGCUCUCCUGCGCACGCCUCCCCUCCCUUCCCCUUCUCUGCCUGUAUCGCAAUCUCUCCUCCUCACUCUCCCCUUUUCCCUCCUCCCUCAUCUUUUCCUCCCUGUUUCUCCCUCUUCCACUCUUUCGUUGUUUAUCCUGAGGAAUGCAGUAUGUGGAAGGCUAUGGCUCUCUGGCUGUUGAUAUUUGCCACUCUGCUCCGAGCAUCCCUGCAGGGUCCCCACCAGCGGCUUCUGCUCAGGGAGCUGCUGAGGGACUACAACCCCAUGGAGAGGCCGGUGGCCAACGACUCCCAGAUUCUCACCGUGCAGUUCUCCUUUACUCUCAUGCAAGUCAUGGAUGUGGAUGAAAAGAACCAGAUCCUCACCACGAAUGCCUGGCUGCAGAUGCAGUGGUAUGACCACUACCUCCAGUGGAACCAGUCAGAGUAUCCCGGAGUAAAGAACCUCCGGUUCACUUCUGACCAGAUCUGGACGCCUGACAUAUUGCUUUACAACAGUGCUCAUGACAAGUUUGAUGCCACCUUUAAGACCAACGUGCUGGUGAAUUCCAGUGGCUUCUGUGAGUAUCUGCCUCCAGGAAUAUUCGUCAGCACAUGUACUGUGGAUGUGCGGUGGUUUCCGUUUGACAUCCAGCGUUGUGAAUUGAAGUUUGGCUCCUGGACAUUUGAUGGCUGGCUGCUGGACCUCCAGAUGAAGGAGGCAGAUGUGUCAGGAUACAUGACCAACGGAGAGUGGGACCUUCUGGGGGUCCCUGGAGGUCGCCACGAAGUUUUCUACGACUGCUGUCCACAGCCAUACCCCGAUGUCACCUUCGUGGUGACCUUACGAAGGAGGACCUUGUUUUACGCACUCAACCUCCUCGUCCCCUGCGUGCUUCUCUCCUCCAUGACUCUGGUGUGUUUCCUGCUCCCCGCCAACUCGGGGGAGAAGAUCAGCCUGGGCAUCACGGUUCUGCUUUCUCUGACUGUCUUCAUGCUGAUGGUUGCAGAAAUUAUGCCCGCCACAUCAGAUUCUGUACCCCUGAUAGGUCAGUACUUCGCCAGCAUCAUGGUGAUUGUCGGGACGUCAGUAGUGGCCACAGUCAUCGUUCUUCAGUUCCAUCACCACAACCCCAACAGUGGACACAUGCCACGUUGGGUGCACUUGGUUCUGCUGCAGUGGGUUCCUUGGUUUCUGCGGAUGAAGUGUCCAGGAGAGGGAAUGGACCCGACUCUCUCCGGCUGCCAAGCAGACUUUCAGAGCAAGACCCCGUCCUCUCCUACAACCACCGCAACCACCACCACCAUCCCCACGCCAGUGCCCCCCAACCUCCCCCAGAGCCUCAACUCCCUGCAGGCCAGCCUGGCUCAGCUCAACCACCCUCUGCCACACCCACCGCCCCACCGGCCCAACUCGCAGGCUGUUAUCUCCCCUAAUCCCGCCCACAGAGACGCCGCCUCCAAUCCACACCCGCAGCCCAACGGCCAACUGCUUUACAUGGGCUUCCAAAUCUUCCAGAACGCUGCGGAGCCGGAGCCAGUUCAGAGGAGCAGGGCCACAACUCAGGGGAGGUUCACCGAUGCAGCAGGUGGAGGGGAAGGAGAGGGAGCCGAGGCAGGAGGAGGACCAGGUGGAGAUACACCCAUCCAUCACGAGAUCCAACCUUCCAAGUUUGGGAGCCCGCCACAGGAUAUUCCACUGUCCCCGGACCCUGAUCCAUUCACCUCCUCUGGACCCUGCGUCCCAGAGGCCGGGGUUGCAGCAGGGAGAUCAGCUGCCGUGAUGCGAUCUGUGGCAGUAGAACACCAGCUGCACGCUCUGCUGACGGAGGUGCAGUUUUUAGUGGAGCGGGUAAAGGAGCAAGACCGGCAGCUCGGUCUGGCGGAGCAGUGGCAGUUUGCUGCGGCCGUCAUCGACCGGCUGUGCCUGAUGGGAUUCAGUGUUUUCAACAUCAUCUGUACCAUCGCUAUUCUCAUGGCUGCACCCAACUUUGGAGAGGCUCUGUCAAAAGACUUCCUCUGACGGACCAAAAGCACAGAGAUACGAGAGGGUGAGAGAUGUUAUGGACUUGUUGGUAGCUAAAGACAGUGGGGCAUACAACAGAAGGUAUUUUGUAAGC